AUGUCCAACCCUGGCUCGUCCCCCGCCUCCGCUCACCACGACCACGAGCACACCCCGCUCUGCCGCUCCUGCGGGGCGCCCACCACGGCGCCGAUCCCGGCCCCCUGGUCGGGGACCACCGACUCCCCGCCGCCGGCGUACCGCCCCAUCCGUCUCCCAGCCAUCAACGCGCCCACCAACACAGCCGCCAUCGUCCUCUCCCCGGUCCCGCAGCCGCUCCCCGUGCCUCCCGCCGCGCCGCCCCACGCCUUCCAGGUCCCCGCCAAGCGGAUCACGUCACCGGACGACAUCGCCCGCUUCCACGCCUCGGUCCACGGCCGCCACUUCCUCGGGUUCGUCGCCGCGCUGUCCGCCUCCAUCCACGGCCGCAAGCUCUCGGACCCGCUACCGUCCUCGCCAUCCCCCGCCGUCGCUGCGCUCCUCGACCUCGUCUCGGCUCUCGCCGCGCUCGUCGCAUCCACCCCUCCGCUUCCGCACAGCUCCCGGUACGGCAACCCUGCUUUCCGCCUCUGGCACGAGAAGCUCACCGACUCCGCCAGCGAGCUGAUCUCGCGGAUCGCGGCCACCGCGUCCUCCCCCGCGGACCUCGCGGAUGCGGAGGUCGAGCUCGCACCGUACCUCCUCGAUUCCUUCGGCAACGCCACCCGCAUCGACUACGGGACGGGGCACGAGACCAACUUCGCCGCUUUCCUCUACUGCCUCGCGAGGCUCGGCGUCAUCACCGAGCCCGACUACCCGGCCGUCGUUCUACGCGUCUUCGUAGCCUACCUCGAUCUCAUGCGCACGCUGCAGGACACGUACCAGCUGGAGCCUGCGGGCUCCCAUGGCGUUUGGGGGCUCGACGAUUACCAUUUCCUGCCCUUCAUAUUUGGGUCUGCGCAGCUGAUAGAUCACAAGUACAUGAAGCCCAAGUCGAUUCACAACCCAGAUAUCUUGGAGAAUUUUUCCAAGGAGUACAUGUAUCUGGCGUGCGUUGCAUAUGUGAAGAAGGUAAAGAAGGGGCCCUUUGUGGAGCAUUCACCAAUGUUGGAUGAUAUCAGUGGAGUGGCCAAUUGGAAGAAGGUUAACAGUGGGCUGCUCAAGAUGUACAAGGCCGAGGUGCUUGAGAAAGUGCCGAUCAUGCAGCAUUUCCUCUUUGGCUCACUAAUCAAAUGGUAUGAGUCAUGGCACUUAUAA